GUUUUACUUUGGAUGUGUCAGUGACUGAUGGCACAGAUACAGACACUUACUCAACGUUCACUGUUAACGUCAUAGAAGUUAACGAAGCUCCAGUAUUUGGGAGUACGAUCUACUAUGUCAGCGGAAAUGAAGGAAAUGCAGGGGAGAGCUUUGGUAGCCCAGGAUUUGUGGUGACUGAUCCGGAUGUCGGCGCCACACAAUCCUACACUGUCGACUGCCCCGCCAUUGCAAUGGAUUCCAGUACAGGCGCGGUGACCUUGAGUGGAACGUACGACCUUGACGUUGUAGGUACGGCGUCAGUUUUGACCUGUAUUGCCACUGUAUCGGACGGCGAGCUGACUGAUACGUCACAACUCAUAGUCACAAUUAAUGACGUCAACGACCAUAUCCCGUCGUUCGCCCAUGCGUCAUAUACAUUAUACGCGACCAUUUACGGUAACGUUGGCGAUACGAUUGGGAGUAUAGCGGCUUCGGACGGGGACCUGGGUAUUUAUGGGGCGAUUAGCUAUACGCUGGACCAAACUUCCCUCAACGAAUCGUACUUCGGGGUAACCGGGACAGGGAACCUAUACAUCAACAGAUUUCUUACGUCAUUUGGAGAUGGGACAUAUUUUUCAUUUUCUGCCAAUGUGACCGACUACGGUGGCCUGACAGAUACCGCCGAUAUAAAUGUCGUUGUAUAUGCAACCACCACUGUACCAACCACGUCCACGACGGAGAGGUACGCCACUUUCUUCGAGUAUCCCCCUAACAUUGCCUGGUUCACCGUGUUCUGUAUGACCGCGGUCACCGCCACAGCUGCGUUUUCUUACCUGGCUUAUGCGCACGGAUUCCUCAGACAGCUAACAUGUGAAGAUCUAAAGUCUGUGUUUAGAGUCAAGAAAAAGCGAAAAAUCAUCAAAAGAAGACAUCGGAAGAAAAUCCGCGAUGUAGGGCAUGGACUGGGGGAGCUGCACGGGGGUGUGAGGUUCGCCUCGACAGACAUAACAAAACACAUUAACACUAAAAUCUAAAGAUCAAACGCUGUCACGAGGGACAAUGAACAACAUUAUUACUUAACUCUGACGAUAGAUGGCCACCUUGAGGUUUUUUUUGGAAGAUGCAUCAGCAGUAUUUUGGCAGCUGAGUGCCAACCUGAGGGCCAAUUAGAGACACCAUCACUUAGCUAUGACGACCAUGAGCAGCCCUGAGGGAUAUUGAGAGAAAAACCACCAACACGAGUCUCACCGAGCGCCGCCUCAACAAGCAUUGAAAACACAUCAAUACGGAACAUUGACUGGAAUAUGCCGCUUAUAGGACCCUUUGUUAUUAUAGGAAAUUUAAGUAUAAACUACUUAAGGUGUUAUGCUAUAUAGAAAUCAUCUACAGUCACACUGAUUAUAAACUUAUGGUUAUAUUCAUGGUUACACUUACGCAUGAUUUCGAUUUCACGUUAUAUAUAAUUUAGCGUUUUCGAGAAGUGAAUGGAAUUUCUUCAACAUCGAUGUAAAACGUUACGCGCAACUAUCAUAUAAACGGUAUUCUAACACGAUUCGUUUGCAACGCGUGUUUUGAUUGGAUACGGACCAUGCUCUAAUCUGCGAGAGAAUCAUAAUCAAUCGUGUUAAGCUCCUCCCAUCGUACUUAAGCCACGCCCCGUUUCUAAAAAAACAAAAAUGGCGUCAAGCUCCCUCUUAGCGAAAUCCUGCUGAUAAGUCUAGCAGAAAACAGAACAGAAAGGGCCGAUGAAAUGUAUUUG